AUGGCGGACUAUCCUUACGAUUCACGACCACCUCCGCGGCCUCGAGGCUACCCGGAUAACAAUUCACAGCGCGAUGCAGCCUUUUCAAAUAUAUUCGGGGCCGCGCCUCCACCGGGCAGAUCGCAAACCAUGACCUCAUCUACAAUGCCUCCGACGAUGGAUCAAGGAAGAGGGCCGGUGAAUACUUCCCGCCCCCCCCCUCAGCAGCGACCGCCGCAAGGGUACUAUGGGGAUUAUGAGCAUCCGAUCCCUGCCGGCAGCCGCAUCUCGGAAGGUAACAUGCCCGCCGGCUAUUACCAAGGGCAACGGUCUACUUCUGGCGGCCAGUAUCCCCCAAAUCAAUACAUGCCCCAGGGGCGGCGCCAGCACCCAAACUCGGGCGGUCCUAUACCACCAAGGAUGGAAUCUAGAGGAGGCGUUCCGCCCCAAGCGGCUGGCGCCAGGCAUCCCGGGCAUAGGAUGUAUCAGAUACCACCCGGAGCGGCCAUGAAUACCGACCCCUAUCGAUCGCAAUCCCUCGCCUCAACCGCCCGACCUCAGAUGUAUCCACAGUCACAGCAUGCAUAUCAACAGUCACCGGCGAACCAGUCUCGCCAGGCCCCCUAUUCGCAGCAGUAUUCUGCAAGAACCACUGCGCAGGGGCGCGUUGUACCCGAGAGACACGAGGAUCGAUCCAUGUCAAUGACCGGCCCAUAUCGUAUGCAAGAUAGGGACGCCCAUCAAACGAUGAGUGGCCGCGUCAUUCCCAACCGACGAACGCCAUCGGAUUUACAGACCGCAAACGGAUAUGUGCCGCACGGUGGCGCAUAUACAAACUCGCCCAUUGUUCAAGGUAGAACCACGAGCAUGGUUUCUUCAACAAGCACCUACGAACAUUCUCGAACUAUGUCUAUGGCAUCUAGUAUUGCGCCGACGAUUACACCUUCAGAGUCGGAUAGUGCGACGCUUGUGCAACGACCGUCUCGAAGUAAAUCUGUCGAGAGCGAGCGCCCCCAAACGGCAACAAAAAUACGCCCCCCUCUUGUUUAUCCGGCAUUACUGUCUCGAGUGGCUGAGUGCUUUAGAACAAAGAUCUACGUCGGAGACCGCACGAAGAACGAACUCACGUAUAAAAAUGCUUUCAGUGGCUCCGAGGCUGUCGAUGUUCUUUCGUAUAUCAUCAGGACAACCGAUAGAAAUCUUGCACUACUCCUUGGCCGUGCGUUGGAUGCGCAGAAAUUCUUCCACGAUGUUACCUACGAGCAUCGCCUGCGAGACUCGCAGUCCGAGAUGUAUCAGUUCAGAGAGACCCUGAUGGAUGAGCCCGAAGAGAAAUCGUUCGUCAAUGGCGUUUUUGUCUUGCUUUCCGAAUGUUACUCGCCGACUUGCACGCGAGAGCAGCUCUGCUAUUCGAUCGCAUGUCCUCGCAGACUGGAGCAAGUGUCACGACUGAAUUUAAAGAUCAAUCCUGGACUCCGGAAGGAUGACGCAACAAACCUGCACGAUGAUGAAGCAGAUCAAACGGAUGAGCAAAAACUCUGGAUCAACUCGGUACCGAAAGAGGUCGCGGAUGCUGUCAGUGAGCGAGAGAAGAAAAGACAGGAAGUUAUCUCCGAGAUCUGCUAUACGGAAAGAGACUUUGUCAAAGACCUGGAGUAUUUGCGCGACUUCUGGAUUCUUCCUCUUCGGUCAAAACAAUCCCCCAUCCCCCCUCAGCGUCGUGAGAAGGUCGUCAAAACAAUAUUCAGCAACAUUAUUGACCACCCUAGUAUUCAUACUGUUAGCUCGAGAUUUGCUUCAUCUCUUACUACUCGUCAAGGGAAGGAUCCGAUUGUUCAUAGCAUCGGCGAUAUCUUCUUGGAAUUUGUACCUCAGUUUGAACCUUUCAUCUGGUACGGGUCCAAGCAGCUUGAGGGUAAAUUUGGAUACGAGAACGAACGCUCAGUGAACCCCCACUUUGCUAGUUUCGUUGAUGAAAUUGAAAGAAAGAGAGAAUCUCGCAAGCUCGAACUCAAUGGAUAUUUGACGAAGCCCACCACUCGAUUGGCUCGGUACCCUCUGCUGCUUGAAAACGUUCUCAAGUACACGGAGGAUGACGAUCCCGACAAGCAAGACAUACCCAAAGUGCUCACCAUGAUCAGAGAUCUCCUAGGCCGCGUAAACGCAGAAUCCGGCAAGGCAGAGAAUCGCUUCAAUCUGAGGCGCUUGCACGAAUCGCUGCGCUUCAAACCUAACGAAAGGGUUGAUCUUCGAUUGACCGAGGAAGGACGCGAGCUGGUGUUCAAGAGCCAAUUCAAAAAGUCGCCAACAGAUCCGGCCGAGAUCACCGCUUAUCUUUUCGAUCAUGCCGUGUUGCUAGUUCGCAUCAAGCAAAAGGGAAAGACAGAAGAAACCGUGGCAUAUAGGCGGCCGAUACCUCUGGAGCUGCUUGCAAUUCGAGAAAUGGACGAGGUCAUUCCUUUGCAGGGCUCUAUAAAACGAUCAUCCUCGAGCCUUAUUCCGUCUAUCCGAACGACUACCUCCGAUGCCAAGAAGGGCGAAGGCUGGCCUAUCACGUUUCGCCAUUUAGGAAAAGCAGGCUAUGAGCAGACUCUUUAUGCCUCCAAUCAAGCGGGACGAAAGAAAUGGCUCGAGUUUAUCGACAAUGCUCAGCAGCGUCUUCGCGCUCGCGCUGACUUUUUCAACACCGCCUCAAUCUCGAGCAACUUCUUUGGAGGCACUAACCAGGUGAACUGUGUCACGCCCUUUGACGGUGGUAGGAAAUUACUAAGAGUCCUCGAAACGCCCAGCGUCACGCAGAUCGACAUACUGGAGGAAUAUCAGCUACUCCUUGUCUUGUCAAAUAAGACGCUACAGUCCUACGCCCUGUCAGCACUAAACCCCGACGAGCCAGCCUUGGCCAAAAGACCGAAGAAGAUACAGAACCACUGCAGCUUCUUCAAGACUGGUAUCUGCUUAGGCAGGCAUCUUGUUUGCUGCGUCAAGUCCACCGCGUUAUCGACCACCAUCAAGGUUUUUGAACCCAACGAUGCGAUGACGAAGGCGAAGAAACAAAAGGGACUUGGCAAGUUUAUCAGCAGUGGCCAUGAUGAACUUCGGCCCUUCAAAGAGUUUUACAUCCCCACAGAAUCUACGUCUGUUCACUUUCUCAAGUCGGUUCUCUGCGUGGCAUGCGCAAGAGGAUUUGAGGUUGUGUCCUUGCAAACACUCGAGACGCAAUCGCUUCUUGAUCAAGCUGAUACUUCGCUCGAUUUUGUUGCUCGGAGGGAAGGAGUGCGGCCGAUUCACAUAGAGCGACUGAAUGGCGAGUUCUUACUGAAUUACUCGGAAUUCUCAUUCUUUGUUAACCGCAAUGGUUGGAGAGCCCGCCCGGAGUGGCGAAUUGAUUGGGAAGGAGCGCCUCAGAGUUUUGCGUUGAGCUAUCCGUUCAUUCUCGCUUUUGAACCCAACUUCAUAGAAUUGCGCAACAUUGAAAAUGGCACCGUCCACAUCGUUCCGCACAAGAGUAUCAGAAUGUUGCACAGCAGCACCCAUGAGAUUUUAUAUGCAUACGAGGAUGAAAAGGGCGAAGAUGUCGUGGAGGCAAUUGACUUUUGGAAGAACAAUAGACGCUCCGACGUUCCCGGCUCAUCUUCACCUUGA